CUAUGCGCGCACACACACACAACAGCAGUGAGUGAACAGGUGAACAUGAGUGUUUCACUCGCCUCAGACGGCGCAUGUUUUCUCAUGGAUGGAGUGGAAUAAGUCUAUUACAACUUGAAGUUAUUUUUAAUUUUUUUAAGUGAUGAAGAUGUCUAUAUUUCCAGCGGAGUGUCGGAUAGUUUUCAGCCCAGACGCUUUUGUUUUUUUCUGAGGUCAACUAAUUUAUCAUCAGCAUAAUCAGGUUUUUUUUUUUUAGCAUUUGAGGCUUCUACCUGUAUAUUUUUUAAAAAUGGCUUUUGCCAAAUUCAGCAAGAUGAUCCGGUUUCCUGCACUUGACAUCAAGAAGAAAACCAAGCAAUAUGAGCACGUUCAUCGGGAUGUAAAUCCAAACGACAUGUGGGAAAUUAUCGGGGAACUGGGCGACGGUGCUUUCGGGAAAGUUUAUAAGGCCCAGAAUAAAGAAACCGGUGUGCUUGCUGCAGCUAAAGUGAUCGAAACCAAAAGUGAGGAGGAGCUGGAAGACUAUGUGGUGGAGAUUGACAUCUUAGCGUCUUGCAACCAUCAGUACAUCGUCAAACUGCUGGAUGCCUACUUCUACGACAACAAACUGUCGAUAAUGAUCGAGUUCUGCCCCGGGGGUGCGGUCGAUGCCACCAUGUUAGAGUUGGACAGGGGUCUUGAAGAACCUCAGAUCCGGGUGAUCUGUAAGCAGAUGUUGGAGGGUCUUCAGUAUCUCCACAGCAUGAAGAUCAUCCACAGAGACCUGAAGGCGGGAAACAUCCUCCUCAUGCUGGAUGGAGACAUCAAGCUAGCGGAUUUUGGAGUUUCGGCAAAAAACACCAAAACCCUUCAAAGGCGAGACUCUUUUAUCGGGACUCCAUAUUGGAUGGCUCCAGAGGUUGUGAUGUGUGAGACCAUGAAGGACGCUCCGUACGACUAUAAAGCGGACAUCUGGUCACUGGGCAUCACCCUGAUAGAGCUGGCUCAGAUCGAGCCCCCCCACCAUGAGCUGAACCCCAUGAGGGUCCUGCUGAAAAUCGCCAAGUCUGAGCCGCCCACCCUGGAUCAGCCCUCCAAGUGGUCAAUGGAAUUUAACGAUUUCCUGAAAAAAGCUUUGGACCGAAACCCUGAGACGAGGCCGACGGCUGCUCAGCUUCUAGAACAUCCUUUUGUGAGUUCAGUGAAGACCAACCGUCCAUUGAGAGAUCUGGUGGCGGAGGCCAAAGCUGAGGUGAUGGAGGAGAUCGAGGACAAUCACGAAGAAGGAGAAGAAGAAGACCCUGCUGAUGUCACUCCUGUAGAGGCUCCAGUCAAAGACCCGUCAGAAACCAGUGAGACCAGUUCAUAUGGGGAGCAUCCGCACGACGCGCGUCCCACCGAAACUCCAAUGGUGAUCGAGGAGGAGCUCAGGUCCACCGAAACCCCUUCGAAAGAGCAGGAGGACAAUCUCAGCGACAAGUUUGCAGAGGAAGACCAUGACAAACCUGAGAGCGAGGCGUCGGGCAAGGCCUCCUGCUCCGACUCCGGGAUCGAGGAUGGGAAAAGCACGCCCACCUCUGAGGAGGACACCAAAGCGGUCGAGAGCUCAGAACCAGAACUUCCUUCAGUGAGGACCGCCGAACCUUCAGAGUCUUCCUCAGACACCAAGCCAUCAGAGAAACCAGAGGAAGAAGCUCACAGUGGAGAGAUGCCUAACCAGCAACCAUAUCCCAUGCUGGACCAGACGUAUCCCAAAGAGCCGGCCAAUCGUGUGUCUGUGGUGAGCGACAGGUCCUCUUUGGCUGGUGAGGAUCUGGAAAGUUUGCUUCCUCACACAAACGGCAGGUUAUCAAAACGAUACUCUGAUGUGGCCAGUGAGAACAUGGACAUCAGCCUGAACCUGUCAGGUGAUCUGUCUGUCAACAAGGAAAUGGGCACCAUCUCUAUAAGGGACUCCAAGAAGACGCUCAAACGCACCCGUAAGUUCUUGGUUGACGGUGUCGAGGUGAGCAUCACCACCUCCAAAAUCAUCACCGAUGAUGAGAAGAAAGACGAGGAGAUGAGGUUCCUCAGGCGCCAGGAGCUGCGAGAUCUUCGUCUCCUGCAGAAAGAGCAGCAUCGUGCCCAGGUCGUGCUCAACCUGAAGCUGAAGGACCAGCGGGAACAGAUGCAGCGCAGAUUCGACCAGGAGAUGAAUGCCAAGAAGAAGUUCUUUGACACGGAGCUGGAGACCCUGGAGAAGCAGCAGAAGCAGACCAUAGAGAAGAUGGAGAUGGACCACACCACACGACUGCGGGACGAGGGCAAACGCAUCCGUGCGGAGCAAGAGAAAGCCUACAGCAAGUUCCAGGACCAGAUGAAGCACAAGAAGAAGGAGGUCAAACAAGAAGUGGAGAAACUGCCCAGGAAUCAGAGGAAAGACAGUUUGAAGGCCAAAAUGAACAACUUUCAACAGCUGAAAUCCAACGAGGAAGAGAAGUUCCUUGCGGAUCAGAGGGAUCAUCUGGACUCGACUCUGAAGAGGAUCAUUGCUGAAAACAAGCGGGAAAUCUCCGAGACGGAGCGCGAUUGCCUCCUGAAGAAACAGGCUCUACUCAGAGAUCGAGAGUCCACUCUCUGGGACAUGGAAGAGAAGAACCUGCACGAGAGACACCAGCUCCUCAAACAGCAGCUGAAGGACCAGUACUUCAUGCAGAGACACCAGCUCCUCAAGAAACACGAGAAGGAACAGGAACAGAUGCAGUGUUAUAACCAGCGCAUGAUUGAGAUCCUCAAAGCUCGACAGCAACAGGAGAAGAACAGACUCCCGAAGAUCCAGCGCAGCGAGGGCAAGACACGCAUGGUGAUGUUCAAGAAGAGCCUGAAGAUCAACUCCACCGGAAACUCAGCGGAAGACCGCGAGAAGAUCAAGCAGUUCACCAGGCUGGAGGAGAAGAGGCAGAAGGCCGAGCGACUGCACCAGCAGCAGAAACAUGACAACCAGAUGAGAGAGAUGAUCAGCCAGUGUGAGGGGAACAGCCGAGAGCUUCAGCAGCUGCAGAAUGAGAAGUGUCACCUGCUAAUAGAAAACGAAACGCAGCGUCUGAAGUCACUGGACGAGCAACACAACCAGCAGCUGAAGGAAUGGAGAGAACACCUCAAGCCCAGGAAGAAGGUCCUGGAGGAUGAACUGACUCUGAGGAAGAAGGAGCAGGAGAUCUUCUUCAGGUUGAGUGAAGACUUGGAGUGUGUGAACGUCGGCUCGCCGAACAAACUCACCAAGUUCCUUCCGUACGUGGAUUCCUCCACCACAUGAGCGCCACACACACACUCACACAUCCAGAUCCACAACAAGUGUGUGAGCUUUUUUUAUUUGUGUUGGAGGCGUCACCUGAUACACGUCAGAUCACACGAUGCUGAAGCGUAAAGCCAAAGACGCGUUGAAAGCGAUACUGACACACUCAUGAUUGACGGACAGUUCUCUGCUCUAUAUAGACAGAGGCGAGAGCUGGGAUGAAGGGAUUUUGUUUGAUGAAUAAGAAACGAGGGCAUUGUUUCGUCUGACAGUCUCGCCUUAGUUAAAAAGCUGUCGAUCUUUCGAAGUUGGUCGAAGCUGGUGAAUUGCCAAACAUAUUGUACAAACCUUGCAUAUUCUUAUAUAUUUUUAUUUUUUCUAUGAUCAUUUAUUAUAUAUAUAUAUAGAAACUUUAUAGCUUUUCUUUUAUAACCAAUUUUGCCCUUGUACAAAUGUUUAAAUGCUGAAAAAUGUUUUAAUUAGUUUGAACCGCUUCACAGAAGCAUCGUUUUAAUUGGUACUUUAAGUUAUUUUCCACGUUCGUUGGAUGUUUUAGUUGUUUUAUGUACGAGACGACAGCUCAUUUGCCACUUUUAUUACUCCGCAAAGUUCCCGAACUGUGAGUUAUCGUCGACACUCUUACUGUAACGCAUCACACUGGACGACACGGGCCAAACUUCCAGACUCUGGCUUGAGGAUUAGUUUACGUUGGCAUGGAGUUGACGUUUAGUUUAGUUUAGUUUAUCGUCGGCCAUUUUGUCACCUAACUCAAGUGCAAUAUGUGUGUGUUUUUCCUCUAAUGUUGUGUUGAGAUUAUUUUACGAGCGCUUCCAUUCUUUAGCCAUCGGAUGGGUUUAUUUCCCCAGUGUCUGACAAUAAGGUACUUGGAUUUUAAUCGUUUUAUUUUUAUUUUAUUUGUAUGCACAAUGUUGGUCAUUCCUGUUUGAGUCUGUAACUCUGUUUAACCAAAGGUUCAGUGUGGAUGAUGAUGAUGAUGAUGAUGCCUCUCCCGAUGUAAGAAACUGUUCUCCUACAAGAGUAUAUAUAAUAAAUGAGAUGUUUAUUAUUCA